AUGCGAGUCACUUCUCGAAAAUCCAAUGAAACCCAGGACGAAUACGAAACAAGGCUUGCCGCAGAUGCGAGACGAGUUGCUGUUAGAAGAUCUAACGAGACGCAAGAUGAGCGUAAGCAGCGCCUUGCAGCAGAUGCAGAAAGGAAGAGAAAGAAAAGAAUGGGUGAAACUGAGCAGAGCAGAAGAGAACGUCUCGCAGUCAAGGCUGAAAGAGCAAGAACGCUAAGAUCGGCUAAAUCAAGGGAAAAUGAGGUCAUUGAGGAAACGCAAGAUGGACCAAGCGGGGUCCAGGAGCUAUUGAGGCUGCAGAACAAUGAGGAGCGUACACCUGUCUCACCUGCAACCAUGGCCCAUUUGGAUAAACAUGGAACUGUGGAGAAUUCUGCACCUUCCUGCUUUCGUGAUUCAUCGAAUACAAAUCAAAGAGAAUCUAUAAUUGAGGUGUGA